UGGGUAUCAAGAACAAACCCAACAUCCAAUGUAUUAUCAGUGGGCACCAAGAAUGAAUCCAAUGUCCAAUAUAGUGGGCACCAAGACAAACCCAAUGUCCAAUAUAUUAUUAGUGGGCACCAAGAAUGAAUCCAACAUUUAA